AUGACUGAACGCUUGAAUACCAAUCAAGUAGCACGUUUACUGAAGGAGGACAAACAGCUUUUGGAGGAGCAAAUCCGUUUGCUCAAAGCCCGAUAUGAGGCUCUUAAUCGAGCUUUCUCGAAACAAGAGGAUAAGGAGCACCUGUUGCUUGCCAAUUUGGAUACGUUGGAAAAAGAAGCCAGCGCCAGACAACAAGCGCAAGAGGCGUAUAAAAGGAAAGCUAUUGAAAGUCAGCAAGCCGCCGAAGACCUUCGAGUUACAGUGCAAAAGUAUCAGAGUCAACUGAAGGAAGCUCAAGUUUCUGUACAAGAAAAAGCGUCCGCUUUUGAACGCGUGUCAUUCCGUCAUCAACGACUUCAGGAGGAGUUGGUCACCCUUCGGAGAAAAUACGAAAGGCUCCGUAAAAUCGAGCAAUCACACAACGCGGAUGAAGUACUCCUAGCUGAAAUUCAGGAUUACAAGGAACAAUUAACCUGUCCAACAUGUAAAACAAAUCGGAAAGAUGCCAUCCUCACGAAGUGUUUCCAUGUGUUCUGUCUCAAUUGCCUCAAGACUCGCUACGAAACACGAAAUCGUAAAUGUCCCAAAUGUAAUGCUACCUUUGGUGCGAAUGAUUACCAUCGUAUAUACUUAUCUUGA